AGACUGAGACAUUGAGUUGGUGAGAUGUGGUACUGCCGCAAUGGGAUGAGUGCGCGGUAACACGGGUGUCCGGAAGGAAGUGUUGUUCACUCAACAACUAUACGAAGAACUUCCAUCGUCUCUUUUCCUUCCCUUCACAUGCCUUGUGCAAUAUGGUCCAGUCGCAUCAUCUCGUAGUGUAUUCGCAAGCCAUGCCGCAGGAUCCCAGGCACUCGUGGACUGUUUCGUCGCGCUUUCGCAACCGCAUUAUUGUCAUCGCACAUCUUCGCGCGCUCGUAAGAUGUCACUGGGGCUUAGAAGCUAGCUCGUGUACGGGCUCGGUGCUGAGGUCGAUGCGUUCUCUUCCGAGUAUACGGCAGAUGCCUGUUCUGGUGUUGCGAAGGCGAUUCCAGGAAUGGUGGUUGCGCGCGCUGGUGGAAGAUCAAAGCUCUGUGACGACGACGAAACGCACACGUGACGAGCCAACAGUCGCGAAAUAGACUCUCGACCAGGAAGACUUUAAAAAGGCGCGCUCGGUGUACGGUGAAGGGGGUCAAAAUCCAACAUUUCUCCCCUUUCAGUCCAAGCCAAUAAUAAUGCAAGCACCCGCGACGCUCGUGAUGGAGAAGAUUCUGACUGCGGUGGCACCGGAAGCCACAACAGUCGCAGUGACUUGGGGCCGGAAGACGAAAGCGAGGUGGGAGAGUAGCGUCGGCGCCGUUGUACUUUGUACUUGCUGUCCGAUCCUU